ACCAAAGCAAAAAAGCACCUAGGUAUAGUGUGUGCCAGCAAGCUGCUUUAGGGAUACUGCAGUGCAGUGUGGCUCCUGGCCAUGAAGGGUGGCUGUACAGACAGGAUGGUAUGGGACUGACUUUGGCAAUUCUGUAUUUCUAGCCCACAGCUACUGAGCCCCAGUAGUUGGCUGAAGUAAAAUUGGUGCAAAAUAUUGUACCUUCUUUGUGAUUUAAAUACUUCAUCUUAACAAAAAUUUAUGUCUCAGCUCACCUUUCCCAGUGUGUCAUCUGUUUUAUUACUUUACAAAAUAUGGUAGAAGUUGAUUUUAUUUCUGUGAUGCAUCUUUGUACUGCAUCUGGACAAUCUUCAUUUUAGGAUCUCAUUCAAUUCUUUUUAUCAUUUCUCUGUAAAUCGAGUACCUUUAGGCCAGAGGUUUUGUAAUUCCUCAGCUGACAGGUAUGCUGCCUUUAUUAAGGUCACUGCAUCCUUUAUACCUUCUGAAAAAUAUUUUACAGUUCUGUGUUCUGAUCAUCCAGACAGGGAACAAUUGAUCCAGCAUUGCGUAACAGCACUGCAUUUACAGCCAUGUGUUACAAACACUUGUCUCAGGGUAGUGUGUCAGAACAGCGUGUGUGCUUGAUUGCUGGUCUGUAUUUGUAUUCAUUUGCUAAGUAAUACUGCUCAAUUUUUAAUAACUGUGGUCCCAUUGGGUGCAAAAAAAGAUUGGGCAUAAAAUGACACUUUGUAGUGACUACUAUCACUGUUUUCAUCACUUAAAUUUACUGAAAAACCAUUCUGCAUCCCAAACUUCUCAAAAAUGUGAGGCUUGGUGCAUCCGGCUUGCCUGUGUCCUCUGUUCCAAGACUCAGGCCUGUUUUUAGUUGUCAGUCUGUAACACCAAGCUGUGUUAUUCAGCUGUUUGCUGCUUCCCUUCCCCCCUUUUUCUGUAUAUAUUACUGUGUUCCAUUCCUGCUGCCACAGGGACUGUUUGCACUAGAAAUGAAGGCAGUGUUUGUCCAAAUUACUCUAAAACUAUGUGCUUGAAGAGAUUUCAGUGUAAUGUUUAUACAGAUGAGAGAUAGCAUUAAUUUGUUUUGAGCUCUCUGUAGCAUGGCAGAAAAAAGCUUUUGAAAUAGAAGGUAAAAAAGUGCUAUCUGCAUCAAAAAGAAGCAUAGGGGUUGCCAUUGGGAAUGAGCACAUUUGAGGGUAUUUCUUCUGCUUAUUUUUCCUUUGUAAUCAUUCAGAAUUGCUUUCUCCAUGUUCUAAACUACUGUAGAAAGAUUUGUUUGUCUGCGAGCAAACACUGUACUACAAGAUCGUGCCAGUGGGAUGGAUGCAUAUGUAUCAAUAUAAAGACAGGAGAGCGUGUUAAGGUAUUCCUUCAGUGGAUUCUUCUGCCGUGUUUACACUCCUCUAAAUGGGAAAUUCUACUGUAGUUUGAACUAUGCAAAGUUCUGAACAGAAACCUCUGCUAGGAAACACCAGGAGGUUUCCUUCAUUCAUUUAGCACACUGAUUUCCCCAUUCAUUUCUCAGUAGCCUUCUGUAGCUUGAAGUUCUUCUGCAGGGUAGUUGAGCAACUGCUGCAGCACUAUAUGAAUCCUGAGUAAGAGAUGAAGAAAAUGUUGGUUGUAUCUGAUGUAAGUGUUCAGCUUGCUGGCCAUGUGCUCUGUUUUUCAGUUUAUUCUUAACAAGUACUGCAAAGUGGAAGAGUUCUUAUGUCUAAUCAUUGAAGUGUUUGGUAAACUCAGGAUAUUGCUAACAAAAACAGGCUUGGUUUGGUGUUCAAAUUUCCUGCUGAUCUCAGAACUGGUUUUUAUUGGCCUUGCUGUUGUUCAGGUCUCCGGGUUCUGUGCUGCAGCUUUCCCAAGCUUGCAUUUCCCCUUCCUGCUCCCUAGCCAUGGCUGGACUGCAGCUCUGGGCAUCUGUGGGGACAGCUGACAUGACUGGCAAUGAAUGGGAUGGGUCCAGGAAAUCAUCAGCAUCUGUGCAGAAAAGAAUUAAAAAUGCGAUUUUUAUUUUGUAACAGCUGCAGCAAGAGACAACAGAAAUAAAUCAGUUCCUUCUCUUUCAGUCUCAGACUUUCAAUCAGUUCUUGUUUAGGAUCCAGCUCCCGAGGGCUGGCAGUGGUGGAGGAUUGAGAAGUGCUUCGCCCUUGCUGUAUUUCCUUUUUCUAGCUUAUGUUAGUUCUAAAUGUUGAUAAUUCUAGGAGUGACUCUUGUCCCACUGUGUCACUUGUUGCACGUUCCAGUUCCUUUUCCCUCAUUGCCUGCCCCUCUUAAGAAGCUUUUCUCACAGGUUUCCCUCCAAGGAAGGCUAUAGAAGUACACCUUUAGUGACCAGUGCUGCAGAUGAGGGCUUAGACAUCAGAGACUGAAAGGUUCAGAGCUGUGUAAAUAUGUUAUUUCGUCCAUUUGUGAGGAUGAAAAUCUUCCUCAAUGGAAGAAGAGAUGAUUGUAUAUUGCAUUUUAAUUAAGGAGUGGCAUGUUGUAGUGACUGUUUCUUUAGGGUAAAAUGUUCAUAAAGUCACUUCAGACUCAUCUUUUACUGUCUUGUGAGAUAGGAGGGUGUCAGCUGAGGAGCAGGCACAUCCAUUGAGACCUAAUAUGUAUUGUUGAAAUUGACAGGUGUGAAAGCAGGAUGGCUGGGAACAGCCUUGUGUUGCCCAUUGUCCUGUGGGGCCAGAGGGCUCCCACCCACUGCAUAUCAACCCUGCUGCUCAUGGAUGAAGCGUCGAUGAUUGUCACUGGCUGCCACGAUGGCCAAAUAUGUCUCUGGGACAUUGCUCCAGAUUUAGAGAUUAACCCCAGAGCUCUGCUGUUUGGUCACACAGCCUCAAUCACUUGUUUAUCAAAGGCCUCUGCUUCCAGUGAGAAGCAGUACAUAGUGAGCGCAUCAGAGAGUGGGGAGAUGUGUCUGUGGGAUGUGAAUGAUGGCAGAUGCAUAGAGUUUACUAAGCUAGCCUGCACACACACUGGCAUUCAGUUCUACCAGUUUAUGGUUGGGACUCAGCGUGAAGGGAGACUGUUAUGCCAUGGACAUUAUCCAGAAAUUCUUGUUGUGGAUGCUACCAGCCUUGAAGUUCUUUAUUCUCUAUUAUCAAAGAUAUCACCUGAUUGGAUCAGCUCCAUGACUAUCAUUAAAUCCAACAGAACACAAGAGGAUACUGUUGUAGCAGUUUCAGUGACUGGCAUCCUCAAAGUAUGGAUAAUAACAUCUGAAGUUAAUCGCAUGCAGGAUACAACACCAGUAUUUGAAGAGGAGUCAAAACCUAUUUAUUGUCAAAACUGUCAAAGCAUUUCUUUCUGUGCAUUUACCCAGCGGUCGUUGUUGGUAGUGUGCUCUAAAUAUUGGAGGGUUUUUGAUGCUGGAGAUUAUUCCCUUUUAUGCUCAGUCCCAAGUGAGAAUGAACAGACCUGGACUGGUGGUGACUUUGUGUCAGCUGAUAAAGUGAUCGUGUGGACAGAAGAUGGUCAAAGUUUCAUAUAUAAAUUACCAGCCAGCUGUCUUCCAGCCAGUGACUUAUUUCGUAGAGAUGUGGGGAAAGCAGUAGAAAACUUAAUUCCUCCUUUAUUGUACAGUGUACUAGACAGAGCAGAUAAACAGUUACUAAUAUGUCCCCCAGUCACCCGAUUCUUCUAUGGACAUAGGGAGUUUUUCUCUAAUCUGCUGAUUCAAGGAGACUCUUCAGGGAGGCUGUGCAUUUGGAGUGUACCUGAUACGCUGGAACAAGACUGUACAAAAGGACUGCAAGCAACAACUUCAAUAUCCCUCCAGGAAGCUUUUGAUAAACUUACUCCUCGCCCAGCUGGAAUUAUAGACCAACUAAGCUUAAUACCAAACAUCAAGGAACCACUGAAGGUUACAGCCAGUGUGUACAUUCCAGCCCAUGGGCGGCUGGUUUGUGGUCGGGAAGAUGGAAGCAUUGUUAUUGUGCCAGCAACCCAAACUGCUAUAGUUCAGCUUUUGCAAGGAGAGCAUAUGCUUAGGAGAGGUUGGCCACCUCACCGGACUCUCAGAGGUCAUCGAAACAAAAUUACUUGCUUACUGUAUCCUCAUCAGGUUUCUUCUCGUUAUGAUCAAAGGUAUUUGAUCUCAGGUGGUGUGGAUUUCUCAGUCAUCAUAUGGGAUAUAUUUUCUGGAGAGAUGAAACACAUCUUCUGUGUACAUGGUGGAGAAAUUACACAGCUUCUAGUUCCACCAGAAAACUGUAGUGCAAGAGUACAGCACUGUAUUUGCUCUGUGGCCAGUGAUCACUCUGUAGGUCUUCUUAGUCUGCGUGAGAAAAAAUGCAUCAUGCUGGCAUCCCGCCACCUCUUUCCUAUUCAAGUGAUCAAGUGGAGGCCUUCUGAUGACUACCUGGUAGUGGGAUGCUCUGAUGGUUCCGUGUAUGUCUGGCAAAUGGAUACUGGUGCUCUGGACAGAUGUGUGAUGGGAAUAACAGCAGUUGAAAUCCUGAAUGCCUGUGAUGAGGCACUGCCUGCAGCUGUGGACUCCCUGAGCCACCCUGCUGUCAACCUGAAGCAGGCCAUGACGCGACGCAGCCUGGCUGCCCUGAAGAAUGUGGCACACCAGAAGCUGCAGACCUUGGCCACUAACCUGCUGGCUUCUGAGGCAUCUGACAAAGGGAAUUUACCUAAAUAUUCACAUAACUCUCUGAUGGUUCAAGCUAUAAAGACUAAUUUGACAGAUCCAGAUAUACAUGUGCUCUUCUUUGAUGUGGAAGCACUGAUAAUUCAGCUGCUGACCGAAGAGGCUGCAAGACCCAACAGUGCCCUCAUCUCUCCAGAGAAUUUACAGAAGGCCUCUGGUGGGUCUGACAAGGGAGGCUCCUUCCUGACUGGUAAGCGAGCAGCUGUCCUCUUCCAGCAGGUCAAGGAAACCAUCAAAGAAAACAUAAAGGAACAUCUUCUCGACGAUGAAGAUGAGGAUGAAGAAUCAAUGAGGCAGAGAAGAGAAGACACUGAUCCGGAAUAUCGUUCUAGCAAAUCCAAACCAUUAACUCUACUAGAAUACAACCUAACCAUGGAUACAGCAAAACUUUUUAUGUCCUGUCUUCAUGCCUGGGGUUUGAAUUCUGUUCUAGAUGAGCUUUGCCUUGAUCGUCUUGGGAUGCUUAAGCCACACUGCUCAGUGUCCUUUGGCCUUCUGUCUAGAGGAGGCCACAUGUCUCUGAUGCUUCCUGGCUACAAUCAGCCUGUAGGCAAACCAUCCUAUGAUGACAUGGAGUUGGGCAGGAAGAUGUCCAUUACAGAAGGAUUGGGAAAGGGGACAUAUGGCGUGUCACGUGCUGUCACCACCCAGCAUCUCCUCUCUGUCAUAUCACUGGCAAACACGCUGAUGAGCAUGACCAAUGCAACCUUUAUUGGAGACCACAUGAAGAAAGGCCCAACCAGGCCACCCAGGCCAGCCACUCCCGAAAUGUCAAAAAUGAAGGCACCUCCGUCGACAGCAAGUCAUGCAGCCCAAGGACAAAUUAAGCAAGGGUGGAGCCAGCUUGCUGCCAUGCACUGUGUGAUGCUCCCCGACCUGCUUGGUCUGGACAAGUUCAGGCCUCCUCUUCUGGAGAUGCUGGCUCGCAGGUGGCAGGACCGCUGCCUGGAGGUAAGAGAAGCUGCCCAGGCCCUGCUGCUAGCAGAACUGAGGAGGAUUGAACAGGCAGGCCGGAAGGAGACCAUUGAUGCUUGGGCUCCAUAUUUGCCACAGUACAUUGACAGUGUCAUAUCACGUAAGUAACUGUGUGACUAAUGGGAAAAUAACUCUGUUGAUAGAUAAAGGGGAAAAAAGGAAUCCCAUAAACCAAUUUAUUAGCAGUUCUGCCAACUUAGGGAAAGAGUCAUUUGAGUUAUGCAUGAAAAUUCCUGGAAAUUUUCUAAUUUCAUAGUCAUGAAAUUGCUUGGGAUCCCUAAUGUUGAUGAGGUAAAUAGAGCGUUUCAGUGCAUUUCACUGGGAAUGCAGUGUCUUUUGCAAAGGCUUUCCCUGGUAUUGAGGGGCAGAGCUGCAGUUUGGAGAUUUCAGAGAAGAAACCUACUUUGGAAAAGGCCGGUAUAAUUACCAAAGAGUCUAUGAUAAGAUUCUAGAAAUGGUUAUGAAGGGAUUCUUUGGCAUCCCCAUAGCAUAGAAGAAUUCUGAGAGGAGUUAAUGCAGUUGUGUGUAGGAGAUGACCUUCACUGUAUAUUGGACAUUUGGUGCAACUCUUGCCUCAUUGGGUGUUCAGAACCAAUGGUUACCCAGGGCUGCAGGGAGAUACUGGAUGAAGAUGGCUCUACAGUUAUCAAGGAUUCAUUAGACAGUAAUUUAUGGUGAUGGUUAAUUGGGUGAACAUGAGAUUACAGUAUUUCCCUUUGAAAUGCAGAACAUUUUUUUACCUUAUCACAUUCAUAAAAGUCUAAAACUGUAAGUUAAUGGACUUUAGGGCAUUAGAAGGUUAAGCUCAUUUUGCAGAGUGGGUGUGAAAGAUGCAUCUUGCAAUGUUCUGCCAAGAUUUCUUAAACUGUACUAGAAGUACAUAAAGAAUGAGAGCUGUUCCUUUCUAAUCUCUCUUGCAAUUUAUAAAAUGCAUGUAGCAGUAAGUCAUUUCCUCCAGCCUUCUGCAGUCCCUUUUUGGUAAUUUCACACCAUCGUUCACACCAUCCUCCUGACUUGGCUUUGCUUACUGAAAUGCCAGAUUAGAUGUGCUGUUACCAGCUCCUUUGAAUCAUGUACUCUUCCCUUUUCUAUUUUUCUCUAUAUGUUUCCUUCCCCUUUUCUGAUGUCAUAUGUGUUAACACAAUCACUUUAUUAUUUGCUAGGUCUCCUUUCUUUGCAUACUUACUAGAAGGUAAUUUAAAAUACUGCUGCAAAUGCAAUUCUCCAACUAUUUUGUUUGUUUAGUAUGCUUGUGAGAGAAAGCACUGGUUUUUCUAACAGUAAUGUUUUUUAGCAUCUUCAUGACCUCAUUUCUUUUUUGUUGGGUAAAGGCAUUUGAGGAAAUCAAAUGAAUUACUAAAGUACAAAUUAAAAAACGAACAAACAAAAACCCUUAAAACUGAAACAAAUAGUAUUUUGAUUUCAUGAUGGAUCUGACUGAAUUAAUUUUAAAUAUCACCUGAUCCCUUUUGACAAAAUACUGCCAGUUAAAAUGUUCUGCUUGUAGGUGAAAUGAUAAAGGGCACUUCUUUUAAGUACAUUUCCUGCAGCCUAUGAAAAUCGCGUAUAGUUCUGAAUGAUUGACCUUAUUUGGAACACUUGGCUCGUGGGCAGAGAAGGAUUUUAACAAGAUUUAAUGUUAUCAAGGGCACAAGUCUUCUGCGUACUUUGAAUCAUCAAACAUACAUAUUUACCAAACCAUCAGGCUUCUGACCAUGAUUGUAUACAAAAAUCUGGAGUAAUACAGUGAUAUGUUAUAUAAUGUUUUUUUUUCUUCACAUAAAUUAAAUCAUCACAGACCACUGUUUGAUCUGUUACAUUUUUCUCCAAAAAUAUGUCUCCGGCUAUGUUCGUAUUAUUCAUUCUUAUUAAAGCAGGUAUUGUGCAAACUCUAAGAAUAUAUUAUUGCAAGGUCAAUCACAUCAUGCAAUACACCAUUCACUUAUCUCCAUGGGCUUUCCUUUCUAGAAUGAUGUACAAACACAUCUGCCAUAUGUAAGAAAGCAGUAAAAAUAUAAAUGUGUUUUUGUGAAUGAGAAUGUUUCUUUAAAAGUAAAGCAGCAGACAUUCAUUUUCCUUAACUGUGAUUCUUCCACUGAAGAAUGUAGCUUCUAUUCAGGGAAGGAUCUCUAUCAAACACAAUUGAUUUUAGAGAAAUGUGUAAUAAUCUUAUUAAAUCUAAAUUGAAUGCAUAAAUUUCACAGGAUGAGGUAUGUUCAGGUGGUGCUGAGGAUUUGUUGGUGAGGCAGAGCUGCUGUUAAUUGCAGCCUUUAGGCAUGCAGCCUUUGCCUUAUAAGGGUGUUGCUGCUCAGCCAGCUGUGCAGCCAGACCAUGAGCGAGGAGUGGGAGUGUGCUUGUACGUACAUGCCAAAGAGCCUCCAUUCAAACUGGUGGAGAUUGGUGCUGUUCUGAAUAUUUGGAUUUAUUUUUCAAUUGCUCUUCUGGUAAGACUGGUUUGCUCAGUUUUAUAGCUUUAGCUGCCCUUCAGUCUCACUGUAGCUGCUAUAGCAGCUGUUGAUGAGCACUGAUUUCUCUGCAGUGAAACAGAAUGACUGUGUUAGGUGCAAGGUUAUGGGCACAGUCUUGCUGUUGAAGUUGUAUGUAAGGCACUUUGUAGGGCCUCUGCUUCCAAAUCAGGAAUUACCACUUAAUCAAACUCACACUAAUCCCAGCAUUCUCUAUUUGUGGUACUUCUCAUUACAUAAACUGGACGACUGAAAAGAGUAUGCAGUUGUGUUCCACAUGUGCAUAGCUGGAAGUGGAAUGUUUAGUUCUGCUCUUGUGCCUGUGCUCAGGCUGUAGGCAUGGCAUGUGUUCGUACAGGAAUUGCUAAAGAUGGGCUGGUGGAAAAAAAAA